AUUUCAGAGACUCAAGUUCAACUCUGCUCUCACACUCGUCACAUUUCCCCCCCACGACUGAUGUGUAAACGCUCAGCGGGAGGUCACUGGGUCAGAGAAGCACACUGGAAGAUUUAGUUUUCUGUCAUAAAAAGGAGUGACUCUCACAAUUUUUGCGAACAACAAACUUUACGAGUAGAAUUCCUUAUAAUCAGUUUGCUGUGUGAAAGUUGCUGAGAAAUCGAGCUACAAGUUUCCCUGAAAUUUUGUGGGACGCCAUAAUAUGAGCUAAUUAGGUCAGAAUCCUUAUAUGACAAUAGUUGGCCUCAAUUAGUCCCCAAUUAGGGGCCCCACACAAAGAUGACUGAGGUUAAAAAAAAGCACACCACAGAAUCUGUUGGUUCUCAUACUGCAGGCUGAACUCGAUAUGCAGGCUGAGAUAAUGUUUGCUGUUUAAUUACUUCAGAAAUACUGCAGCAAAUACCCACCCCAAAAAAAGAUAACAGGGAAAACUAUUCUAAAUGUCCAUACAACUUUUGGAUUUUGUCCUAAGUGGAGAUUCCAACAGAAAUGAAAAAAAUAAAAAUAAAUAAAAUCACAGCACCAGCAUUCUUUGCCAGAGAACAAUACAGUGCAGCAAUUAAAAAUCAUAAAAUACAAUAUCUGGAGACACUUGUGCCCUCUUAGUUUGACUUUAAACAUAUGAUACAGCAAACUGCAUUUAAUUUCCCCAAAACCCAGAUAGAUGCGCAAGUAAUUAAAAAGUAAUCAAAGGCAAAGAGUUGUUUUUCAAACUAAAAGGGUUCUUUGUGGGGGCCGAUAUUCACCAAUUUGCCGGUUUUCUGUGAUUUUUUUUGUGACAUCUGAGAAGCUGAAAUCAGAUAAUUUUGACUUUAUGACAAAAACAACACCAUCAGUACUUCGCAGUUAGUGACUGAUACACUCAGCUUUUGUCACUCACUUUGUCACUAAUUUGUUAAAGGACUAACUGAAACCCAGUGUAGUAAAAGUACUCAAAAGUCAUACUUGAGGAAACAGUAAAGGAACAGAGUUAAAAUGUUUCUUUGGUAAAAGUGAAAGUCACCCAUAUGAACAGUAGUUGAGUAAAAGUCUUACAGUAUCAUAUUAAAUGUAUCUAAGUUUUACUCACUGUAAGAACCAAAAGUACAAGUGAAAGUGAAUUAUACAAAUGUUUAAACAUAUGUAUAGACUGUAUAUACACAAUGCAUCGACCGAUAAUCAGAUGCUUAUAAACUAGAUUAAUUGAAGAAUUUUGCUUCUUUGGCUCGAUGCAACAUGUAAUCUGCAAAGUAACUAGCAACUAAAAGUUAUCAAGUGAAUGUGGUAGAGUAAUAAGUAGAAUAUUUGCCUCUGUAAUACAGUGGAGUGAGAGUUCAAAGCAGCAGAUAAUGGAAAUACUCAAGUAAAAUACAAGAACCUCGAAAAUUAUACUUGAGUAAAUGUACUUAGUUACUUUCCAUCACUGCUGAAAUCUGGCCUUUCAUACCUGGUGCUGAUUCUGAGUCAGCUUUAAUAGGGCAGGAUACUAACUUUAAUCAUUUGCACAAUUACGAUACUUUCUACAAUAAGAUAUAUUAAUUUACCUUUCUAGUUGCGUUUGACUCAACCAGAGUGAAUAACGAAUCGGCACUCGGUGUCAAUUAGUGAAGUGAGCGCAGAAACACACACAGACUGGAUCAUCAGAACCAGCACCAGCACCACCAGCACCAGCACCACCAGCACCACCUCCACCAGCCGCAGCAGCAGCAGUAGCAGCUCUCCCCGAGCGGUCACUCAGGUAACAGGAGGAAACAGGACGCAGCUGCUGCGCCGCAGUUCACGGUCAGAUCCUGAGCGCACACUUUGUUUAGCGCUCGUCUUUCCUCCGGCUCCUCCACACCGAAGCCUCGGCUGCCUGUUGCUCAGCUCAGCCCGCUCGGAGCGUCUCUGUCUCGGACUCAUGGCUGCCAUCAAGGCUCUGGAGCAGUGGUGCAAACUGCACUGCGACGGCUACCGAGACGUGGCCAUCACCAACAUGACGACCUCGUUCAGGAACGGAAUGGCUUUCUGCGCGCUAAUACACAAGUACAGACCGGACCUGAUUGACUAUGACUCACUCAGAAAGGAGGAUGUGUUUGAGAACAACAGACUGGCUUUUCAGGUCGCAGAGGAGAAGCUGGGGAUCCCGGCUUUGUUAGAUGCAGAAGACAUGGUGGCUCUAAGGAUCCCGGACAGGCUGAGCAUUCUUACCUACGUCUCCCAGUACUACAACUACUUCAAAGGACGACCUCCCAUGGGAGGUGUAAAAAGGCCAGCAGAGGGCUCCAAGGAGGAGCCAUCAGAGAAGAAGAAUCUCCCAGUGGUUGCCAAAACCUUUGUGUCUAAAACUGCCAUCGAGAACCGCUCACCUUCCGCUCUCACAGCUCAGAGCUCACCCAAGCCGGCCAGAGCUGCUGCUCAGAAGGCAGUUCUGGCAGAAAACACCAACAAGAAUGGGACCCUCAACAGCAAAUGUGUGGCGUGCAAGAGUCACGUUCACCUGGUUCAGAGGCAUUUUGUGGAGGGCAAGCUCUAUCACAGAAGCUGCUUCAAAUGCAGUGAAUGCUCCAACGUGCUUCACGCAGGAGGCUAUAAACCUGGGAAGAAUCCAGACACUUUUAUCUGUAACGCCCACCAGACCAGUUGCAAACCGUCCUCCUCUGAGGUCAAAAAUGGACCUGCCAGUUCAGCUGGGCCAUUAAAUAGUGCCAGCCGGACCCAGCCAGCACCACGCCCCUCUUCUGUGCUUUCAGCCCCACUGAAAAUUGUUGUGAAGCCAGUCAGUCCUACUCCACCUUCCAAGUCCUGGACGGCCUCAGCCCAGAAGACACAGUCGGCCCGGCAGAGGUUUUUUCAGGCUUCGCCGGCUGCCACAGAGGCCUCGACUGCUGACAGGCGGUCCACUGAGCUGUCGAGUGUUUCAGGAAGUUCAAAGUUUCCACUGAAUCCUGAAGAUGAGAAGAGUAAAGCCAGGACAACCAUCGGAAAGAAACUGGCCGAAGAAAACUGCAACAACAACAACAAACGCCCGUUCACCAUCCGAUCGGCAGAGAGACGGUUUGGAGAUGAGCCAAGUUCUGCUGACAGCCCCGGUUUGAGAAAGGACAAAUGCAGCCAAGGCCCAGCAGGAAACUGGGCAGGACAGCCCUCCACCAGCCAGACAAACAAUAAGGAAUCGCCAUGUCUGAAAGCCAUCAACAAAGACAACGCAAGGCCAACAACUGUACACACAAGCGCCAAAGAUCCAGUCUACGAGCGGCAAUCAAAGCCCAAACCUUUGAGAACCGAGCUGAAAGAUGCUGAAGCUGAAACCUUUCCCGAGCAACAUAAGCCUGGAUUCACGUCCACGACUUCCUCUAAUGUCUCCAUCAGUACGACAAGGCCUCCGUCAGCUCCAGCACCUGCAGCACCUCCAGUUAGCUUUGUUUUCUUUGAUCCCGCACACUUUAGGGAAGUGUCUCCCCAGAAACCUCAGCUUGGCUCAGGAAACCAGGGUUACAAACAUGGAAGCCACUCGUCUGUGAAAUCCCCACCCAGACGGCCAGCUGUGGAAUCUAUUAGCACUCCGACGACUGUUCCAGCCAAUCACGGAAAUCCGUCAGGCGCUAAAAAGGGAAAGUAUUUGUCACCCACCAACGCCUCCAGGACCGAAAUGAGGUCACCCUCUGUGACGUCUUAUCAUGUUCCAGUGGAGCAGAUUGAGAGAGAACUGAAAGAUAUUGAGACAAACUUGGCUCAGUUGGAGAAGGAGGGUGUGGAGCUGGAAAAGAAACUCCGCAGCUGCGAGGAAGAGGGAGAGGGCGACAUAUUGAUGGACCCACUGAUGGUCGACUGGUUCAACCUUAUUCGAAAGAAGCAGAUGUACAUUAGAAAGGAGUCAGAGCUCGUAUACACAGCGAGGACUCAGGAGCUGGAGCAGCAGCAGCCAGGUGUGGAGGGGGAGCUCCGCAGGCUGCUGGAGAAGCCAGAUCAUUUAAAGUCCAGAGAGGAGCAGCAGCGGGAGAAGAAGUUGCUGCAGACACUGAUGGAGAUUGUGGAUGGCAGAAACGCCAUUGUGGAGGUUCUGGAUGAAGACAGGCUGAGGGAAGUGGAGGAGGAUCAGCAGUUGAAUGAAAUGAUGCAAAACCUGGGAGUAAAGAAAGCCAAAAAUAAAAGGAAAUCCUCUAUCUCUAAACUGUUCAGGCGAAGAAGUAAAAGGCGAGUGGAAUGAUCCCCAAGGGAACUGAAAGGCAGUCCUGUCUCACUGUGUUAUUAUUAUCAUCAUCUCUUUAAUUCUUUAAGGCUUUUACAUUCAUGUGCUGCAGCACAUAGUGGGGUAAAGAGAAGACAAAUGAAGCGAUGUCAAACAAGGCAAAUAAAGGACAAAUUCAUGUUGUGUGUCUAGAUGUUGGAUCAUAUUUUAAAAUAAAGGUUCAGUGAAAAGAAACAAAAAAAUGCUUUGACCUUCA